AGCGUGAGAAAGGAUCUGAUAGAGGAUCUCAAGCAUAGCGAGUUCUUUUUGUUGCUUUCCUCCUUUCUGUUACUGGAAAUACAUGCCACAGGAAGCAAGCAGCCAUCACUGAGUGUGGUCUACUCCUGUUUUACAAAGGGAGAGGAUGGAGUUCAUCAGUAUGUUACUUUUCUUGCUGCAAGUUUCAAGUGCAGCAAGAAGACGCAUUCAAGUGACUGGUGAGGUUGGAGGAUCCAUCACCAUAAAGUGUCCUAUGAAGGGCAUUUCCAGACGAAAAUUCUGGUGCAGGGAACUCGAGAGAGGGGUCUGUGGCACCGUCAUCUCCACCUCGCCAUACAUCAGUGAGGAUUACAGAAAUAGAAUCUCCAUCACUGAGGAGCCUCAGGAAGGAAUAUUUCAAAUUACAAUCACAAGACUGGAAGAGGAUGACACUGGGCUGUACACGUGUGGGACAGGAUAUCUAAAUGACAGAGGCAGUGGAAGGACUCUCCAAGUGGAGCUGAAUGUUUCUAACGGGAAUGCUCCACCCAGAAUGGGCAUGUUGUCUGCUGAACCUCUGAAACGUGACAGACCUAUUGUGGUACCAGCAGAGUCUGGCAACAAAGGUGCUGACACUCAAGGAGUCACACAACCACAGAUGAUUAAUGGAGCAUGGGCAAAAUAUACCUCCUAUGCUGUGCCUGGCAUCAAAUUCCCCGAAAGUAUGAUAAUCACGCCUGCAGAUGUAAUUGGCAGCACUGUUACCGAUGCAGUGUCUGGAAGUACAACAAAAGGAAUUCCAAAGAAUUCCAGGACAAUCAGCUAUGCACAUCCCAGGCAUACAAAGCGACUCUUGAGAAGCAAUUAUGGGAAUGAUGUCUUUCAAAUCCUGAUACCAGUUCUCCUGAUAAUGCUGCUCCUUGUGCCUUCUAUGAUAAUUGUUAGAAAACAACUACGAGGGAAGAAAGCAGCUUCCAGUGAAACCUAUGGAAUAAAUCUGAGGUUGAGUGCACUCGAACAUGGCCAAGGGCACGAUCCAAUGGAAAAUAUCUACAGUGUGUUACCCCGCAGGCUCCAGGGAGCUGACAGGAACAGUUCUCAUGUACCUUGUGACUCAUAUCACUGCAGAGUUGACUUAUAAGAGCUGCUGUGACUGCACAUUGUUCACCAAGCACAGCUGAGGAAGGACUUGAGGCACACGCAAAGCCGUCUCCAAUCAGCACCUGAACCCUACAUAUCAAAGCAUUACUUUGAUUCUGUGACCACACCGCUCUACAGAAGCUGGUCUACAUGCUUUCUCCGCACAAAGGGCUAAUGCUAAGUUUACAAAGGUACAGUGGAUUUGCUGUGGUUGUUUAAAGGUGAUUUGUUCUAGUUUGCUCUGCAGUUCUUGGGCUUGUUCUGCAGAGCUUGGUCUGUACAGAUGGUUGCCAAAACACGCAGGUUCAGGUAACCAAUUAUAAGCAGAGGUAAACUUUUCCCCUCAAUAUUUAUUGACUAUGGAUGAUGAUUUCUCUCCUGCAGAGGGCCAGUGCAGGACCUAAGCACCACUUAAAUCCUCAAAUUAGGUUAAGAGACUGGAAUGUUGUCCUGGUUUUGUGCUCUUUGCACAAGACUGGAUUUUACCCUAUAAGCUCAUUGGCAUUUUGAUAUAGCGUUAAAGUUCAUCUUCAUUGUCAGCUUGAACUAGGUGAAUAUAGUUGGCAAUCCAGUGCCCAGAAAAAGAAGAAGGAGAAUUGUUUUGCAAAAAUUUCUCGUGUUUCAUCAAAUGCAUUUUUUGUGCUAAGUUUCUGAUCAGCUAUGAAACUGGCUGGAAAACAGGGUCCCCCCCCCCCUUUCCAAAUACUUUAUACACAUUUUUCAAUCAAAUAAAUAAAAAUGUUUUGGAGAAAUUUUUAGGUGAGUGCUUAUUGUUAUUGAGACUAUGGGCCUGAUCCCAAUUUAACACUGAUGUAAAUCCAUAGACAUUAGUGAAGUUA